CCCUCCCCUUGUGCCCGCUGCCCUACACCUCUGAUGCUAGGUUGUCCUCACCCUGCAAAGCUCGUGCUCUCUGUGGGCCAGGCUGGGAACGGGAAGAAAUGCAGUCAUUGACCCCGUAGAGCUGAGGACUCUUGAGUCUUAGCCUUGUUUACUUGCUAAAAGCAAAGGCCGCAGAUCGCGAGAGGGGCAGUAAACGCCAGCACACACCUCUGCCGUUCAGCCUUGUCCCUGCGGUCCCAGGCGAGCAGUCUUCCUUCACACGUCGGUUUAUCCAGUUCUCGGUUUACACCAGCGUUAGCCCAGCCAGAGCACUGGGAGCUGAGCCGGCCCCGCAGCAAGGCUGCGUCCUCUGCCCCGCGUCCUGGGGGUGCUCUGGGGCUCUCGCCCCCCUGCUCGCACGGCGUGAUCCACGCAGGCUGUUGCUGCUGCGAAAGCUGCCUCCCUGCAGAGCCUGCCUUCGAUGCUGCGGUUUUUGUGUCACCUCCAGAGCAGAAAUUAAGCACAGUCACUCUUGUUAUUUUCAUAACUUCUGUUUCUAGUGGAGGAAAUAAUAAAAUUAAUGGAUACACACUUAAAAUUGAUUUACCUCAUUAUAACCAUUCCUCUUCAAGGUUUACAUGUUUAGUCAAUAAGUGUGCCUUCUUUAUGAAAAACAGUUUUACACUUUGGCUUCUAAGCAGAUGCAGCAUUUCCAAGCUACUAGGAUCCAGUAUCCUAAAAAAUCAGAAAGCAGAGCAGUGUGAAGAACCAGCAGGAUCGUGGAUUGUUCCCCUUCUGGAAGCCAGCGAGAACUGCACUCGGCCUGCAGUACACUCGCUCUCUAGGAAAGACACUCUCUGAAGCUCCUCUUACAUCUUUUCUUGCUGAAUUUCCUAGCUGGCCUCUUGUAUCCCUUUUGUCUGUUCUUGGGUCUGAUGUUACACACUUUCACCCACGGCAAACACCACAAAAUAGAGCUUGGGAUGUUCAGAUUGAACAUCAGGGAGAAAACUGCUUGCUUGGCAGGUAGUGCAGGACAGGGAUGCCAGUGGGGGCUGAAUCUCAUCCUUGGAGCUUUUCCAGCUCAGUUAGGCAAAGCCAGGGCUGACCAGACCUAGUGCCGGCGAUAGUCCUGCUUCAAGUGGGCAGCCGGGCCAGCGAUCUCCAGAGCCCCUUCCAGCUGGCAGCUCUAUGACUGCCAAGGAUGCAGGCUAUGAUCGAGCUAGGUGUGAUACUUGCUGGUCCAAACAACCUGGAUGGUGGUCAUCUCUUGAUGUUAAACUUAUGAAGCUUGUGGCUUCAUUCUGCCAUUUCUUUGUCACCAUUCAUUCUGUUCCUUGAAGACUUUUAUUCCCAGCUUGCCACCAGAAUCGCUUCCAGAGUAACCCAGCAGUGGCUGUGCUACAGGCUGUUGUGUCUGUUUUCGGCCCCCGAAUCCAAUCCCUUCUUGGUCCGAAGAGCUUGCUCCAUUUUUGCUUUGAUGCUGAGUUGUGCCUUUGAGACGUGCCUCUGGUUAAUAUUCCGGGGGCUACAUCCCCUCCAAGCCAAUCCCAAGGACUCUGCAGCCGGUGGGAUUUUUCUCGAUUGGUGCAUGCAGUGUGCGCUGGGCUCUCCCCUCCCAAACAGGAAGCGACAAAGCAAGGCUGUUACUGAAUUGAAUAGAAGGAAGUCUCCACACUUACGCAAAGAAAUUUGGCAGAAGUUAGAUAGCGCGUGAAACAACAAGUGCUGCUGCAGAGAUUAUAGAAAGUGCAGAACCUGGUAGCUGUCUCUGGGGGAGAUUUACAAAGCUUUCUGUGAAGGAUUAAUUCUUCCAAACCAUUGCUUUGCAUGUAGGCACACCUCCGAUCAGCACCCCACGUCGCUCUGACUCUGCUAUCUCCGUCCGUUCAUUGCACUCUGAGUCCAACAUGUCCUUGCGCUCGACGUUCUCACUUCAUGAGGAAGAGGAGGAGCCAGAGCCACUGGUGUUUGCUGAACAGCCUUCUGUGAAACUGUGCUGCCAACUGUGCUGCAGUGUGUUUAAGGAUCCAGUCAUCACGACCUGUGGGCACACAUUUUGUAGAAGAUGUGCCUUAACAUCUGAGAAGUGCCCUGUGGACAAUGCCAAACUGACCGUAGUGGUUAACAACAUUGCGGUGGCUGAGCAGAUUGGGGAGCUGUUUAUUCACUGCAAAUAUGGUUGCCGGGCUGCAGCCAGCAGCAAGCCCGCCGCCUUCGAGGUGGACCCCCGUGGAUGCCCGUUUACAAUUAAACUGAGUGCCAGGAAAGAUCAUGAAAGCAGCUGUGAUUACAGGCCGGUUCGCUGUCCCAAUAACCCCAGCUGCCCACCUCUCCUCAAAAUGAAUCUGGAGGCACAUCUCAAAGAGUGUGAACACAUAAAAUGUCCCCACUCCAAAUACGGGUGUACAUUCAUAGGAAAUCAGGACACCUACGAGACCCACUUGGAGACUUGCAAGUUCGAGGGUCUAAAGGAGUUCCUGCAGCAGACAGAUGAUCGCUUCCAUGAGAUGCAGGUGGCAAUGGCCCAGAAGGACCAGGAAAUUGCCUUCCUGCGCUCCAUGCUGGGCAAGCUCUCAGAGAAGAUUGACCAGCUGGAGAAAAACCUGGAGCUCAAAUUUGAUGUGCUGGAUGAGAACCAGAGCAAGCUGAGCGAGGACCUGAUGGAGUUCCGCAGGGACGCCUCCAUGCUGAACGAUGAACUUUCCCACAUUAAUGCUCGACUCAACAUGGGCAUCCUAGGAUCCUACGACCCUCAGCAGAUCUUCAAAUGCAAGGGGACCUUUGUGGGGCACCAGGGCCCUGUGUGGUGUCUGUGCGUUUACUCCAUAGGAGACUUGCUCUUCAGUGGCUCUUCAGACAAAACCAUUAAGGUGUGGGAUACCUGCACUACGUACAAGUGCCAAAAGACCUUGGAGGGUCACGAUGGAAUUGUACUGGCUCUCUGCAUCCAAGGGAACAAGCUGUACAGUGGCUCUGCUGACUGCACCAUUAUCGUCUGGGAUAUUCAAAACCUGCAGAAAGUGAACACGAUCCGAGCACACGACAAUCCUGUUUGCACUUUGGUCUCCUCGCACAACAUGCUGUUCAGCGGCUCUCUCAAAGCCAUCAAGGUCUGGGAUAUCGUGGGUACUGAGCUCAAGCUGAAAAAGGAACUGACAGGUCUCAAUCACUGGGUGCGAGCGCUGGUGGCUUCUCAAAACUAUCUCUACAGCGGAUCUUACCAAACAAUCAAGAUCUGGGACAUCCGGAACUUGGAGUGUGUCCACGUGCUGCAGACGUCAGGAGGCAGCGUCUACUCCAUCGCUGUGACAAACCACCACAUUGUGUGUGGCACCUAUGAGAACCUCAUCCAUGUCUGGGAUAUAGAGACAAAGGAACAAGUCCGCACGCUGACCGGUCAUGUGGGUACGGUCUAUGCCCUCGCUGUCAUUUCCACGCCGGAUCAAACCAAAGUCUUCAGUGCAUCGUAUGACCGGUCUCUCAGGGUGUGGAGCAUGGACAACAUGAUCUGUACUCAGACUCUGCUGCGACACCAGGGUAGUGUCACUGCCCUCGCCGUCUCCAGGGGCCGCCUCUUCUCUGGCGCCGUGGACAGCACUGUAAAGGUCUGGACGUGCUAGUGAGAGCACCAUGCUAGUCCUGCACACUGAAAGACCAAGAACUCCUCCCCUCCGUUGGCCUGCUGGGUGACUAACACCACUAUGAAGUAACUGCUGCAGCUCCUGCCCGCACCGACCACUGCCUGCUGCCUCCCGUCGGCCAGUGUCCCCUCCCGCAGGGACCCGGCUGGCAGCUCCCAGGACAGCUUUGGCCCGCGGAUCCCCAGAUGCCCCUCAGAUCUGCCGUAUUUAAUUGGAACUGUAGAGGAAGCUGACCUGACGCCGGGCCUUCCUCUCCACCGUGUCCCUUCCUCUCUGCAAGUGGGGAGCAUCCUCUGGCGCGAGGGGCUGGCUGCGGCGCGGGUCUCCAGGCCACACGCGGCCCCGUGCGGUGCUGGUGCGGAAGCAGCGCGGCCCUUGGCCGGUGGCGGGACUGAACGGUUCAGCUUGCCGCAGGCAGGAGCCGGCCGGUCGAGGGGGACGAGCGCGGGAUGCCGGUCCCUUUGUAAAUGGUAGAACUAUUAGGCCUUGCCCUGGGUUGGGUCCCCAACCCCUUUCUGUCUCUAGUAUUUAAUUUUACUGCCAGGAUGUCAGGCUGAUCCAUCCGGGAAGAGGUGUUUUCUUGAGUAGCCAGGUACGAUUUUUAUGCCACAGCUAGUUCUCAAAUCAAGUAACACAAGUCCAUUGUUCACCACCCUGUAAUAAUGGUCUCCACAUUAAAGAGAAAAAGCCUCCGUUGCAUUUUUACUCACAUUUUCUACUGUUUUUAAGAUUGUAAUAUAGAUUUGAUUAUUUCUUCAUUGACAAUAAAAGUGGAAAGAGUU